AUGUCUAUAGAUACAAAGAGAGUUGAUGCUGAUGCCUCAGAAUUACUUUCUAGUCUUUCAUUGACUAAAUCAGAAGACAAAAAGAAAGAAUCGAAAGUUGAUGACGCUUUAUCAAAAGCAGAGAAGUCCACUGAAAGUAAGACUUCGGCUACCAACGAUACAGCCGGUGCUGAAUCAACCGACUCUAGUGACAAAAAAGACAAAUCCGAGCCAGAGGAAUCCAAUUUAAUAACCAGUCAAUAUGAAGUUCAAGUCAAAUUAGCUGAUUUACAAGCCGAUCCAAACUCACCAUUAUAUUCAGUCAAAUCAUUUGACGAACUAGGUCUCAAGCCGGAAUUACUCAAGGGGUUGUACGCUAUGAAAUUCAACAAACCUUCUAAAAUUCAAGAAAAGGCAUUGCCAUUGUUGAUUUCUGAUCCACCAAAAAAUAUGAUUGGACAAUCGCAAUCAGGUACAGGUAAGACAGCAGCAUUUUCGUUGACAAUGUUGUCUCGUGUCGAUGAAAAUAUUAAAGAACCACAAGCAAUAUGCUUAGCACCAACAAGAGAAUUGGCAAGACAAACAAUGGAAGUUAUAACUACCAUGGGCAAGUUUUCAUCCAUCACUACGCAAUUGGUCGUACCCGAACUGGUACCUAGAGGACAAGCAGUACAUGCUCAGAUCAUUGUUGGAACUCCCGGAUUGGUUAAUGACUUGGUUAAUAGACGAUUGAUUAACAUUAGUAACCUCAAGGUUUUUGUACUUGAUGAGGCUGAUAAUAUGUUGGAUGCACAAAACUUGGGUGAUCAAUGUAUUAGGCUUAGAAAAAGAGUACCAAAGUCUACUCAAUUAGUGUUGUUUAGUGCAACCUUCCCCGCUGAUGUGAGAAAGUAUGCUGAAAGAUUUGUCCCCAAUGCAAAUUCCUUAGAAUUAAAACAAGAAGAGUUAAAUGUUGCCGGUAUCAAGCAGUUGUAUAUGGAUUGUCGUUCGGAAGAUCAUAAAUUUGAAGUUUUAUGUGAAUUAUAUGGAUUGUUGACAAUUGGCUCUUCAAUCAUUUUUGUUGAAAGAAAAGACACCUCGGAGAAAUUAUGGCACAAGAUGAAGCAAGAAGGACACAAGGUUUCGUUGUUACAUGGUAGUUUGGAUGCAAAUGACCGUGAUCGUUUGAUUGAUGAUUUUAGAGAAGGUAGAUCAAAAGUGUUGAUUACAACAAAUGUUCUUGCUAGAGGUAUUGAUAUUGCCUCGGUUUCAAUGGUGGUGAAUUACGAUUUACCAGUAAUGGGACCUAAGAGAGAAGCUGAUCCUUCAACUUAUUUGCACAGAAUUGGAAGAACUGGUAGGUUUGGUAGAGUUGGUGUAUCGGUUUCAUUCGUUGCUAGUGAACAUGACUUGAAAGUUUUACAAGCCAUUCAAGAGUAUUUCGGAGGUAUUGAGAUGACUAGAGUGCCAACUGAUGACUGGGAUGAAGUUGAAGAAAUUGUAACCAAAGUCAUCAAGAGUAAAUAA